CUUUAUUAAUUCCCCAAGUUUCAAGUUUUCAAGUGACCCAUCGGUAUACGCCAAGCCGACUCAUUUGUGCGGGCUGGGCGGGCCUGCCCUGUCUUGUGCUAGUCUCCCAUUCGUAAGCUGCAGCGCGCCAAGCCUCUCUGCAUCGUCUCUUCUCCGAUCUGAGUUUCCCCUCAAGCUCUGCUCUGCUAGAUAGCUACAAGCCUUAAAGCUACGCUCUCUUCAAGAAUAGCGCGAUAACUUGCGCUCGAUUCUACAAGCACACCGACUUGUAUCUUUCUGCAGAAUUAAAGAAACAUAUUUUUGCUGAUGGGUGAUGUGGCAAAGGAUUUGAGCUCAGGGACUGUUGGAGGGGCAGCACAAUUGAUAUGUGGUCAUCCUUUUGAUACUAUUAAGGUGAAGCUACAAAGUCAACCUGCCCCACUAUCUGGGCAGGCUCCCAAAUAUUUGGGUGCCAUGGAUGCUGUGAAGCAGACAAUCGCUGCAGAAGGUCCAAAGGGUUUAUACAAAGGCAUGGGGGCCCCACUUGCCACUGUCGCAGCCUUCAAUGCACUGCUCUUCACAGUUAGAGGUCAAAUGGAGGCAUUGGUGAGAUCAGAACCAGGCAUUCCCCUUACUGUGGGCCAGCAAAUCCUUUGCGGGGCUGGAGCAGGAACUGCUGUUUCCUUUCUUGCGUGCCCGACUGAAUUAAUCAAAUGCAGAUUGCAGGUGCAAAGUGCACUUGCAAGUUCAGUGGGGGCAACGGUGGAAGCAGUGAAGUAUUCUGGGCCAAUGGAUGUGGCAAGGAAAGUUCUGAAGUCUGAAGGAGGUGCAAGGGGACUCUUCAAGGGACUUAUCCCCACCAUGGCCCGUGAAGUGCCUGGGAAUGCUGCAAUGUUCGGUGUCUACGAAGCCACAAAACAGUACCUUGCUGGCGGUCAUGAUACUUCAGGGCUUGGCAGAGGCUCUCUGGUCAUAGCUGGAGGCUUAGCAGGGGCCUCAUUUUGGGUUUUUGUAUACCCAACCGAUGUCGUCAAGAGUGUGCUACAGGUUGACGAUUUCCACAAGCCCAAGUUCUCGGGCUCAAUCGAUGCCUUCAGAAAAAUCUUUGCAGCGGAGGGAGUAAAGGGCCUUUACAAGGGGUUUGGACCGGCCAUGGCUAGGAGCGUUCCGGCAAAUGCUGCUUGUUUCUUGGCAUAUGAAGUCACUAGGGAUAGUUUGGGGUAAUAAUAGCCUCCUUCAACUAUUGAUGAUUCUUUUUUAUUUUUUUGGCUUUUAAUUACACGCUUCCAAUUUACAUAACUUGUUUUCAGUUACAUGAUUCAAGAAUCCUAAAUAGUAAUCCAAUUAAUUGCCCCAUUGAUUUGAGAUUUAGUCUUAGUUGUUUUGUAUUUGAAGAAUAAGUAUAAAUAAAUAAAUAAAAACAUGUAUGCAAUCCAUGUUCACAUAC